CCAGUGCCUGCCCUGCGGAGGGGGGACUAACCCCAGCCUCUCCGGCGCGCAGCCCGGGAGCCAGCAACCUGGGCGAGAGAGAGGCCACCUCCAGGGCAGGGCAAGGCAAGGCAGGGCGGGAUGGGCGCCGCGGGAAGCAAGGCGGAGACGCCGCCGCCGCCGCCUCCUCCUCGGGGAUCUUCCCUUCUUCUUCUUCUUCGUCCUCCUCCUCCUUGCCCUCCUCCUCCUCCGGCGCCGGAGCCCUGAAAAGAGCAGCCCAAGGCAGCAAUCCUUUUGUUGACAGUAGGAUUGGCAGGUGAUCCAACCUCUCCUCUCGGGCCGUCUCACCCCCUGUCUGGCUUACUGUGAGCAUCUUUCAAUCAGUCUGAGUCUCCACGGGCCAUUUCGUUUAUUCCUGACAAGACGGUUGUGAAGCCUGAAUUUCUUUCCCUGAGAGGGGGAAGAAUGGCUGCCACUCAAGAAGUGCCUCCACCAGCAUUGGGCCUCCAUUUUUUGUACCCUCUAGAAGAAACAAUGCCGCCCAGGGUGAAAAUGGAGGACCCUGGACCGCCGUGCCCUGAGGCUGGGUGGGAGUGGGACGCUCCAGGGAAACCCCCCCUCGUCGUCCAGGCCGGCACCAUCAGCGACCUGUUGCGGUGGGCCACUCCUCCUCAGGUGAGGAGUGACCCAAUACCACAAUUGUGGGAGGUUCAGUGUCAGGAGAUGGUACAAUCCCUGCGGACACCUGCCGAUGUUGUGCCACCGCCUGUGCCCGUCCCUGUCCCCGUCCCGCCCCCGGCUCCUGGCUGGGGGAACCUCCAGUUACCUGAGCUGGCGCCCGUCGAUGACAUUGAGGCCUAUUUGUCAUCCUUUGAGCGAGCGGCGGAAACCUGUCAGUGGCCGAGAGGUGAGUGGAUGAGCCGUCUCAUGCCUGCACUCAGCGGAAAAGCCCACCAACCUCAUAAUGGCCUGGAUGCCCGGAGCAGUAGGAGUGAGCACCGAAAGUCCAAAUCCUCUGGCCUGCGAGGGGAGACUGGCGCCAGCGUGGAGAUGCAGCGCCAGCGUUUCCGUCAGUUCCGUUACCAGGACUCGGAGGGCCCCCGGGAGGCUUGCCGGAGACUGCGGGAGCUCUGCCGACGCUGGCUAAAACCUGAGAGUCGCACCAAGGAGCAGAUCUUGGAGCUGCUGAUCCUCGAACAGUUCUUGACCAUCUUGCCCCAGGAGAUCCAGAGCUGGGUGUGGGAACGAGGGCCAGAAACGUGUGCUCAGGCAGUGGCCUUGGUGGAAGGCUACCAGAUGGGCCGUCGAGAAGCGGGGAUGUGGGAGCAACAGGUUACAGUACGGGUCAAAGUUGAACAGGUCAGCCCUCAAGAGAUGGUUGUGCCCAGUGUGCCAUGGGAGCCUUCUGUCCCACUGAUGCCCCAUCCUGAAUGCGUAUCCUCAGGAGAAGUGACACUACACCAGCCUCCCCCAGGACCGCUUCUCAAGAUGCCCUGCAUUCCUAAACAAGAGCCUCGCGUCCUUCACGAAGCAGGUCCUCUGAUGGUCAAUGGAAGCCGAGAGGAGAACCCUCUGCAGAAUGGUUCUAUGCCCCUUGGAAUCCUGCCUGUGAAUUCCCAGGAAAACCCGUUAGCUGAGAAUCAUGGCGAGCAUGCAGGUCAGCAAUGUCAGAGCCAGGUGGUGAGACAGAGAUGUGGCGAGACAGGAGAGAGCCCAGCUGCACUCUCCAACCCCAUCGGUAGCCUCCACCCACAAGGGAAGACCCUUCACCGGUGUUCAGAAUGCGGGAAAACAUUUAGCCGUAACUCCCACCUGCUCACCCACCAGAGGAUCCACACUGGGGAAAAACCCCAUCAGUGUCCCCAGUGCGGCAAGCGUUUCAGUCACACCUCCCAGCUGACGCGGCACCAGAGGACCCACGCCUCGGAAAGACCCUUCCGGUGUUCCCAGUGCAGCCGGAGUUUUUACCAGAGCUCUGAGCUGACCAGGCACCGGUUGUCCCACGCAAGGGAUCGCCCCUAUGGGUGCAGCCAGUGUGGGAAGAAAUUCCGAUGGAGCUCCGAUCUCAUCCGACACCAGAUCACUCACACGGGAGAAAGACCCUAUAAGUGUCCCGAGUGUGGGAAGAAAUUUGGGCAGAACUCACACCUGGUCCGACACCGGAGAACCCACACAACUUAGUUGAGACAUUCUCCGACGUUUCCUAGCCCCCAGUAUUCAACCGGGGCCAAAGCGUGAUGACCAAGAUUGGUGCCAUAAUGGGCCGGAUGAAAGAUGUCCUUUCAGCUGAAGAUCAGCAGAGAAGUGAUCUGCUGGGGAAGGCUUAGAUAGAAUAAAUCCUAUUUUAUGUGUGAAGCGAGUUGGACAACGUGGCAGAUUCCAGGUUCCAUUUUAGGUUGUGUCUGGAAAUCCACCGCAGAAGGUAGAAUGGCAUACUCAAAGAAGAAGCCAAGUCUCACUUGAGUUGACUUUCUUGAACAACACUGAACCGAUAACAUUGUGAUAGCACCAGUUGGAUGUCUCUCUCUUUCUCUCUCUUUGUCUCUUUCCUCUUUUGUAAUAGAAAAGGAGAUAGAUCUUCUAGUUCUCUAGGCAGGUUUAUUGUUGCAUAACACAGCCUGUAUUCCCUGACCCCAAACAGUAUCUUUUUAGUGAAACAAAAGCAAUGUAUUUUUAGAAAUGAUUGACCAGUCUGUAUUGACGGAGAAAGGAGUGUGUGACUCUACGGAACGAUGGAGAUCCCUCUUGGGAAAGCUGCUCUCAUGCUCUUUUGAGAAAAAAAAUAUUUUGGAAAUCACAGCUUUGAUAAAAGACCGAGUGGACAACCAAGGGCUGCAUUGCUAUAGAAAUAUGCAAAUUGGAGUGUGGAAGGGGAAGAGUGGGUGGCGGUAACACUGUGGAUCAAGAAGUGUGGUUGGACUUCGUAGUUCAAUAGGAGCUUUGCCAACACAUCUGUGCUAGAAAUUGGAACCUAGCAUUCAAAAGGAUUAUUGACUGAGCCCCAGGGCCUUCCAACUUUUGCCUGGCUGCCUACUCCUUGCCCUUUGCGCACUGUAACUCCUUUCACCCAUAUGGAUCAAGACACUAGUAAAGAGUUUUUUUUAAAAUUUCACACAACA